UUAACCACUUCCCGACCGGCCGUUGCAUAUAAACGGCCGGGCGGUGGCAGUGUAGGGGCGGGUGGCCAUUUAUAAAUGGCCUCCCGGCACCCUGCUUGUGCGCGCUCCCUCGGAGCGUGCAGCACCGUGAUCCGGUGCCCGCUGUGUCCUCCGGACACAUUGAAACACCGAUCGUCGGACGGGACCUCUGUACGAGGUCCCGAUCAUGUGAUCACUGAUUGGCCAAUCAUUGCUUACUACGUGUGAAAUCUGUGAAUGAUCACAUAGGUCACAUGGCUUGUACCAUGUGACAAGCUGUGACCAAUCACAGCUCACUCAGUACUUCUCAAUGAGUGCAAGAAUGCACACAGAGAGAAAGAGAAAUGAUUGCGUUUACAUCAUAUAUGGGUGUAAAAGCAGUGUAAAAAAAAAAUAAA